CACCUCACACACUUCCAGUUUUAUAUACACUUUCAACACGGACAGACAUUAGUUGAAAAUUUCUAAAUUAAUUUUUUUUCAUCAAUAUGAACUUCAAGGCUCGUUAUUCGAAAUCUGUAAGUCCACCGAAGCGAGUAGGAAUAUCCCUCGAGGAUCCUGUGUCCAGCUGCGAUGAGUUUCCCAGACCCCUGGGUCCGAUGUUGAAAUACAUAGCCCUGUCUCCGAAUUAUCAGAUGCCCAGGAGAAAAGCUCCUCUAAAUAGGGCCAAUGUGCCAAAAACAAACCGGGCCAGAAAAUCUGGAAAAAAACACAAGAUGCACUUAUCCAAGGCAUCGACUUACGGCCGAAAGCGCCCUGCCAGAAAAGUCACAAAAAGGCGAGAUGUGAUCAACAAGAAACCCAGAAAAUCGAAAGGCACCAAGAUCAUUGGUGGGGAGGAGAAGCCCAUAGAAUCCAAUAGUAGACCCUGGUGGAAAUUGUUGUUUAGCAGAAAGCAGAAUGACGAAAAAACACAGCAAGAUAACAUAUCCUGCAAUGUUUUGAUGACCGACAGGUCAACCCAAACGAUUGUCAGUCCUCAAUGUAAUAAUAUUGAUGACGAUAAACUUGCACCAUUUGACAAGCCAAAUAAAUACAUUUAGCUAAAUUAUUAUGUUUCUUUACUAUGAGAUCAGAAACUGUACCAAUUCCUUAUUUUGUAAGCAGUUUUAAGGAUCAGAAUAGCUUGGGAUAACUUGGCGAACGGUCUGCCAUUUUGUUUUCCACCUAUACACGGCCAGGCAAUUGAAAUUUAAGGCCGGAAGUUUAUUGUGGCAACAAAAGAGCGAACUCGGCAGCGGAUGCUGCACCUGCCCCCACCACCACAAUACGCCACCAUUCUCAUCCUGCAAGCCGGUCCACUGGCCUUUAAGAAACGCUGACCAGAACUAGAACCACAACUUUUUUGCCGUAAAUAAAUCCCAACGAGCAUAAAUGGAAUGCAAACUUUUUUUCCG